UUUGUAUAUUUAUGUUUUUGUCUUGAUUUACAAGUGGAGUACUUUUGUUUUGAAUUUAUCCAUGUAUUCUGUAAUUUAACCAUGGACUGCACAGUUAUCAACGCGCGAUGUAACUGGACCCAGACGGCUGGUAAAGAGUUGUCCCAAUUAGUGCCCGCUCGCCUUUAUGAUGAAGAUGUGUUUGUCAAACCUGAUAUAGAUGAUGUUGUCGGCGACGAUCGUGCUGUUUUGUUCUCCAACGAUGUUACUCAACCUACGGCCUGUGAGCUUAACUUUUCCAUAUCGCCUCGUUUUAAAAUCUCCGUCUUGACCAUUGUGUGUAGUGUCCCGAAAAUAGAGUUAUUUCUGGGUCCGUCACAGGAGUACUAUGAGACCAUCUAUGGCACAAGCAUUGAGGAAGACGAUAGCGAUGUACCCAUUCGACCUUAUCGCUACGAUAUGGAAAUCGACAGAUCUGGAAUUUGUGAUAUUAAUCUGAAGCUUCUGACGUCGGCCAAUGAGAUUUGCAUUUACGGUGCUAUCUUACAUGUAGCACCCAAUCCAAAUGGCAUUACCACUCAGUCCAGGUCUAUAGACUUGCAGAAAAUACAAGAAAUAUUGAUGAAGGGAGGUUCAAGUGCCGCUGGUGCGGCAGACAAGAGCGAAGAGCAAUCUCAGAAAUUUCAACAGUUCAUGGCUUUGAUGAAGGGUUGUACCACCAGUCAUGUACCGGCAGAGAAUCCAAGUCAGGAUAUACCCACAGAUCUGAUAGCUCACAUAGACAGCAAAUUGCAGGGGCUCGAAGAGAAAUUAAUGAAACGAAUGGAGGAGAUUGGGGCAAGACAAACGGAGAAACUAGAUCUGAUUAUUAGACUGCUGAUGGUGAAGAACCAAUCACACGAUUAAAAAUUUUUUAAGUAAUUAUUUGUAAUUCACUUCUCAUUUUAUUUUUUGUCCUGGUGCUCGAUAUACAUAUAAAUUUACGAUAUUUUACUUCAGCAUUAAACUUUCAUGAAUAGAUUGUA